UCAAAAAGUGAAUGAUUUAAAAUUAAAGUUGACUUCAAAGCGAUAAUGUUAUGAUGUGUUGCCUGUAUUCUUACAUUUCUAACACUUGCCUUGUUUUAGGACUCUAUAACACGUUGGUGUAGAAAGGUCGAUCGCUCAGUCCCACAGGAGACUGUGCAGAGAAUGACCUCAUGGCUAAGAAGCUCAUGAUCACAUAUGCCUUGUGGGCCAUGGGCGGACCACUUGGCCUUCAUCACAUUUACCUGGGGCGAGACAGCCAUGCCCUCCUGUGGAUGCUCACCUUGGGCGGCUUUGGCAUUGGCUGGCUAAGGGAGUUCUUCCGUAUUCCAUCAUACGUGAGUGAUGCCAACAAAGGAGCAGAGGAAGUCCGAGUUAGACGUCGCCAUGUGAAUCCACCAUCAAUUGGCCUGAUUCGGUUUACUGGUCAGGUUUGUGUUGGCAUUUACUUUGGCACGGUUGCUUUAAUAAGCCUUAGCUCUCUUAGUUUUUUCUACAUCCUUGUGCUGCCACUGAGCAUAGGUGCAGGUGUGCACCUGGUGUCCUCCGUUGGCCAGCAGACCUCUAACCUGCAGAAGACCCUCAUUACAUGUAUCAUCACCUCUUCCAUCUUCUAUGGCAGCAGUCUCUCUCCUCUGCCUAUCAGUAUAGCUGCAAGUGUUACCGCUGCACAACACAGCACGAUCAAACCGGCUCAGCUUGCUGGAUCUCCGCCAGAGCCACUGGGGCCUCGUCUGUAUCGUCUGAGUUUAGGUGUUCUGGCUUUCUCUGGUCCGCUGGGAUACUGUGUUUUUCAUAACACCACAGCCACAUUGUACUACAUAUCAGACUGUAUAGCAGCCCUGCUUGAUUUUUUCUGGUUCCUACCCUGGCUCAGAGGACUGCUGGAGUAUUUUCUGUUGUUGCCAUAUCGUCUACUUUGUUCUCUGACAGGAGGGAGUUUCUACGAGGACAGCUGGAGGAAGGUGCUAGAAAUACUUCUUAAUGAGUAUAGUAAAAAAGAAAUGGAGGCACUGACGAUACUGUCAUUGCCUGAAGAGGCAUCUAUGGAGGAGAUCACACGUAGCUAUAGGGAACUGGCUAAAGUGUGGCAUCCAGACCACAACCCCAAGCAACAAGCAGAGGCACAACAGAUGUUUAUUCAGAUUCAGGAGGCAUAUGAGAUACUUCUUCAGAGACAUAAACCACAACGACGAGCAUGAUCAUCUGAGGAAGAGCUUACCUUUUGGGGUGCUUAGAUUUAAUUUACACAUACCUAAGAUCUACAGGGUUUUUGCACAAAGUCAACCUGGUGUAAAAUAAAUAAAUAAAAUGUGAAUAUUUCUAAACAAAACAGUUUUUCACAUUUAUUCAGAGAAAUCACUUUCUCCCUCAAAUCUAUCCAUGGAGGAUUAUUAAGUUUUCGCUGCCAUCUUGUGGCAACAUUACGUAUAAUACAGGGUUUGUUUUAUAUUGUAAUGCACAAAAUAAUAACUGUUAGUGGGAAUGCAUUUCUCAGAAAAUUGUCAAUACUAAGCAGGUUAAUAAAAAGCCAAAUUAUAUUGUUUAUUGUUAGGUUUAAUUUACUAUGAUAUUCAAUAUUUAGCUAAUACUAUUUACACCAGGCUAUACUAAUGGCAGGCCUUCUUUUUAUUUCUCAAUGGCUCUAAACUGAUAAUGAGAGGAUUUGGAUAAAAAUAGAAUUUGAAUAUAAUUAUAGUGUAAGGGUCAAUAAUCUGACACUAAUCUUUUGGUG